AUGGAUCAAGCGUCUAAGCAAGAUGAUGUCCACGAGGUGAAAUUCACGCAUAAACAGAAACGACGUGACAUGAAACCAGAGAACAAGAAACAUUUCAAUAACCGUAGAAAUGAGAAACCACGUGAUCGCUGUGGAGGUAAACAUCGCGUAGGAAAAACUAACUCUUUUGCAUACGGCAAAGUGUGCGAAGCAUGUGGCAAGAAAAAUCAUUUCGCCAAACAAUGCAAAAGCAAGGUAAAAACUCAUCAAGUGGGUGAAGGCUUAUCAGACGCAGAAUCGAGCGAAGAGUAUCUGUUUUCUGUAACAACAACACCGGAGACGACACACACUGUCAACGCUAUCUUAGAACGAGAAAUUUACGCACAGAAGCUCAUCAAUGAAAAACCUAAGUCUAACUGAUGAUGAAUUUGAAACUAUCUGGGUUGAAAUAGGUAAUACUAAAGCUAAGAAUAUUUUAUGUUGCUGUGCCUAUAGACACCCUUCCUUUAGCCCUGUAAGGUUCAAAGAACAUCUGGAGUCAACUCCAUCUCAGCUAACUACUGAAAAUAAGUCCAUCUUCAUUAUGGGUGAUUUUAAUAUUAACCUGUUAAAUUGUCAAAGUCAUCCUGAAUCUAACGAUUUUUUACUAAUGCUAAACUCUUUUUUUCUCCUACCUUAUAUCUUAUAACCAACACGUAUUACUGAAAGAUCAGCAACCCUCAUUGACAAUAUAUUUGCAAAUAAUUAUGCUAUGAAUGCCAUAAGUGCUAACCUAGUCUCUAAUAUCUCUGAUCAUCUUCCUCAAUUCCUGAUUGUAGACAAUCUCAAAGUAAACUAUAAAGUUUUAAAUUAUCAUAAAAAUGACUUUUUCAAAUUUGAUGAAGAGAAAUUUGUCAAUGAUUUCUCACUUCUAGACUGGAAUAACAUCUCAAGUGAUUACACGGAUGCCAACACCAAAUUUGACAUCUUCUAUGAUCAGAUAUCUCAAUUUAUAAAUUCUCAUGUACCACGUAGAAAGCUCUCCAAACGUGAAAUUAGGUUAUCUACUAAGCCCUGGAUUACUAAACAUAUUCUUGUCAAAAUUCGAUAUAGAGAUAAGCUCUAUUCCAAAAUCAUUAAGUGUUAACAUUCAAAUCCAAAUUUGAUAUAUCUUCAUAAGAAAUUCAGGAAUAGUGUUGUCAAAGAUGUUAAAGCAAGCAAAUCUGAUUAUUUCAAGAAUUACUUUUUGUGUGAAAAAAUCUGGUCUGGAAUUAGAUCAAUCAUCAACAUUAGUAAAGUUAAAGCUGAUUACAUUCCCAGUAUUUUAGAAAGUGGAAAAACUGUUGACAAUCCCUGUGCUAUUGCUAACAUUUUUGAUAAUUUCUUUGUUAAUGUGGGUAAAAACACUGACAAAGACAUUCCGUGUGGAAACUGUUGUCCAUCAAUGUUUCUCUCCCCUGUUACUUCAGUUGAAGUUGAUUCAUACAUCUCUCAAAUGGACAUUAACAAAUCCAUUGGUCCUUAUAGUAUUCCAGCCCCAUUGCUAAGAAUUCUUAAGACUCAUAUUUCCCCACUUAUUUCAUCCCUAAUUAAUGAUUCUUUUCUUUGUGGUAUUUUUCCCAGUAAACUUAUAUUGGCAAAAGUUACCCCAGUUUUUAAGAAAGGCUCUAGGCAAGACAAAGAUAACUAUAGGCCAAUAUCAGUUCUAUUCAUUUUUAGUAAAAUUUUUGAAAAGGCUAUGAUAAGCGCCUUUAUGGCUAUCUUGAAUCUUGUAACAUUCUUUAUCCACUUCAAUUUGGCUUUAGGCAAAAGUGCUCGACAAAUCAUGCACUGAUACAAAUUACUGAAUCAAUCCGUAACUCAGUUGACAACAAUGAGUUUGGUUGUGGCAUUUUUAUUGAUCUAAAAAAGGCAUUUGAUACAGUUAAUCAUUCCAUUCUUUUAUCAAAACUGAAUCAUUACGGAGUGAGAGGAAAAGCCUAGGAAUGGUUUCAUUCGUACCUGUCCAAUAGAGAACAAUUUGUAUGUAUAAAUGGCCAUAACUCUGAUUCUCUCACUUGUGGAGUACCUCAGGGAUCCAUUCUUGGAGCUCUGUUGUUUUUUCUAUAUAUUAAUGAUUUACCGAACACCUCAAAACUGCUCAGUUUUCACUUAUUUGCUGAUGACACUAAUAUAUAUUUUUCACGUAAAAGCCUUAAUGAUCUUGAACUAAUCCUGAAUCAAGAGCUCCAUGCAGUGGCUGAGUGGAUGAAAUCGAAUAGACUAGCUCUCAGUAUUUUGAAAACUAAUUUUGUUCUUUUUCAUUCUAAGAGACUGAAACCAUACAAGUCAUUAAGUCUAAAAAUUGAUGGUGUGAACAUCCAAGAAGUUUCCACGGUCAAAUACUUAGGUCCCAAACUUGACUUGGAAAAAUCGUGUUAAUGAACUCUGCUCAAGACUAUCGAAAACUGUAGGUGUAUUUUCCAAAUUAAGGUACUAUGUUAAUGUUGAUAUGCUUAUCAUGCUUUACUAUUCCCUUAUUUACCCCUUUCUUACUGAUGGUAUUCAAGUUUGGGGACUCACGUACCCAACCACCCUAAAACCAGUAACUACUUUGCAAAAACGAGUCGUCGGAAUAAUGACUUUUUCCGACCCUAGAUCUCAUUCUGAGCCAUUGCAGAUGUCUCUCAGACUCCUAAAACUCUCUGAUAUAAUUCACCUUGAAAUUCUCUCUUUUGUUUAUCAGUGGUACCAUAAACUAAGCCCUUCUUGUUUUGUUAAUUAUUUUAACCCAGUAUCUUCAAUUCAUUCAUAUAAUACACGUCAAUCUUAGACUGAUAAUCUGUUUGUUAAAUCUGUUCAUAGUGAGAGAACGAAUGCCGUAUUGAGUGAUAUACACUGGUCCAAAACUUUGGAAUUCUUUAGCUAUUGAUGUUAAGAAAAUCUAGCCGUUUUCCAGUUUUCGUCAAGAUAUCAAGAAUUCUGUGAUUGAUGGUUAUAAUACUAUUAUUGAUUCCUAAUGUUUUAAAAUUAUAUUAUCUUAACCACUAUUUAUUUAAUGAAGAAAUACGUUUUAUCUAAAACAACUAUUUUGCAUUUAAAUUCCUUCUACUCAUAUUCUUGUUUGGGUCACCUACUUGGUUAGUUCCACGAACUAUUUAGGCGUCCCAAACUCUGCACAAUGAACCUACAAUUGAAAUUUUCUUUCCCUUCACAAUCUCUCGAUUUUAUAUUUUAAAGCACUAAUUUGUAUUAAUUAUGAUUAUUGUGUGUGAUUUUAAAUAAAAAUUGACUUGACUUUGACUUGACUUGCGGCGCCACGGUAAAUGUAUUACCUAUCAAAUAUGUCAACGUAAAAGACAUUAAGCCGAGUAAACGUGUUCUGCAGAUGUGGAACAAAACAGAAUUGAAACCGGAAGGGACAUGUCGCGUGACCUUACGCAAUCCAAAAAACCGCCGGAGGUACUCAAUUGAAUUCAUCGUCGUCAAGAGAAUUUGA